GAGACGACGAGUAGUUUUCUAAACGCGUUGUUACAUCAUUUAUAGUCAAAAUAAAUUAGAUUUAAACGGAACGUUUUAGAAUAGGACAAUUUAUUGGGUAGCCGGUGUUGGUGAUGUGCAUGCGAUUGGCAUUUAGAACGCGUUUCAUAAGCAGUUAAACAAUUAACAGCAGAAGCAGCAUCCGCCGUGUGUGUUUUCUGCUGCCUUGGCACGAAGACGAAAUAUAAAAACACAAACACACACAGAAAAAGGUAUAAAACAAACAGUGGACAAUGAGCGAAAGCAAUAAUCAGUUUUGUGCCAUUGAUUUUUGAGACUCUAUUCGGCAAAGCAAUUGAACAAGAAAAACCAAGCAAUAAACCAAAAUUCAACAAAUCCUAAAUCCCUAACCAGUGCGCACCACCUUCAAGCUUUAUAAUUUGAUAGUUCCUUUUGGUUUAAAGCACAACUAUAACAACAGCUACCAGAACAACAUCAACAACAACAGCCACCACAACAACAAUAAUAAUACCAUCAGCAAAAAGGCAGUGCUGCAAAUGCAAUUGCUAGCAACAAAUUCAAAAACAACUUGCGUUGUCUUUUAGCUGCAUACUUUUUGUUUUGUAUCAAAAUUCUCUUCUCUUCAAUAACAACGACAAUAACAAAAACCAAUAACGAAUCCAACCUGCGCUUGCAAUCGUAAUGGCGGCCUAUUUGAAUCGCACCAUAUCGCUGGUUACGGGCAACGCCGGCGGCGGCAACAACGACAAUAACACGGACACCGUUGACGAUGCGCGCCACAAUUUGUCGCUCCAAACGCAAUCAUCGGCCACAUCGUUAACGCCGUCAUCGUCGUCAUCGACCAACUACAAUUCGAAUGCAUUGCUAACUGAAAACCGCAUGUACCAACAAAACGAAAAAUCGCCACUGCAGGUAUUCGUGCGGGCCAAAAAGAAGAUCAACGAUAUUUACGGCGAGAUCGAGGAAUAUGUCCACGAGACGACGCAGUUCAUAAAUGCCCUGCAUUCCGAUGCCGAAAUUGUGGACAAGGCAGAGCGUGAGCUCUUCGAGAGCUAUGUGUAUAAGGUGGCGGCCAUACGCGAAGUCCUGCAGCGGGAUCACAUGAAGGUGGCCUUUUUUGGACGCACCUCCAAUGGCAAGAGUUCGGUGAUCAACGCGAUGUUGCGUGAGAAAAUCCUACCCAGUGGCAUUGGCCAUACGACCAAUUGUUUCUGCCAAGUGGAGGGCAACGACGGCGGUGAGGCAUAUUUGAUGAAGGAGGGCUCCGAUGAGAAGCUCAACGUUGUGAACAUCAAGCAGCUGGCCAAUGCAUUGUGUCAGGAGAAGCUGUCAGAGAGCAGUCUGGUGCGCAUAUUUUGGCCACGCGAGCGUUGCAGCCUGCUACGUGACGAUGUCGUCUUUGUGGACUCUCCGGGUGUCGAUGUGUCCGCCAAUCUGGAUGAUUGGAUUGACAAUCAUUGCUUGAAUGCGGAUGUCUUUGUGCUGGUUCUCAAUGCGGAGUCCACCAUGACGCGCGCUGAGAAGCAAUUCUUUCACACUGUGUCCCAAAAGCUGUCCAAGCCCAACAUUUUCAUACUGAACAAUCGCUGGGAUGCAUCGGCCAAUGAGCCAGAGUUUCAAGAGUCGGAGCUGCUGGCAAAGGUAAAAUCACAACACACUGAGCGCUGCAUCGAUUUCCUCACCAAGGAGCUAAAGGUGAGCAAUGAGAAGGAGGCUGCGGAGCGUGUAUUCUUCGUUUCGGCACGCGAGACCCUACAGGCUCGCCUAGAGGAGGCUAAGGGAAAUCCACCGCAUUUGGGGGCUAUAGCCGACGGCUUCCAAAUACGAUACUUCGAGUUUCAGGACUUCGAGCGCAAGUUUGAGGAAUGCAUCUCACAGAGCGCCGUUAAGACCAAGUUCCAACAGCACAGCUCGCGUGGUAAGAGCGUUUCCGGCGACAUGCGCUCCAUGCUAGACAACAUCUAUGAGCGCAUCACCAUCUUUCGCAAUCUAAAGCAGGAUCAAAAGAAUUUGCUCACUGAACGCAUCCAAGGCACUGAGACCCAAAUGAUGCAGGUGACCCGUGAAAUGAAAAUGAAGAUACACAACAUGGUCGAGGAGGUUGAGGAGAAGGUCUCCAAGGCCCUCAACGAGGAAAUAUGGCGUCUGGGCGUGCUUAUCGAUGAGUUCAACAUGCCCUUCCAUCCCGAACGUCUGGUGCUCAACAUCUACAAAAAGGAAUUGAACGCCCAUGUCGAGAGCGGUCUCGGCAGCAAUUUGCGUGCCCGCCUCUCCAUGGCCCUGGCUAUGAACGUUGAAUCGGCCCAGAACGAGAUGACCGAUCGCAUGCAUGCGUUGGUUCCCAACGAACAGUUGCUCGCGAGCAGCACAAAACUGGCCGUUCGCACCCAACCCUUCGAAAUGCUCUACUCCCUGAACUGUCAGAACUUGUGUGCCGACUUCCAGGAGGACCUGGAGUUCAAGUUCAGUUGGGGCAUUGCGGCCAUGAUUCAGCGGUUCACGGGCAAAGUGCGCGAGCGCAGCAAAAAGCAUGCGCCGGCCGCUUUGCUCAAUCGCCAGAGCAGUAUUGGGCAACAGAGCGUUACGCCCGCAUCGACGCCUGUGAAUAAUGAGGCGACUCCUGUUUGUUUGCUGUCCACACCGGUGGUUGCAGGCAUCACUCCCGAGCACUUGUCGCUGAUUUCCCGAUUCGCGAUGUCCUCGAUUGGCUCGCAGGGAACGGUGGGAGGUCUAGUCGUUGCAGGCAUUAUGCUGAAAACCAUUGGUUGGCGGGUACUGGUCGGCAUUGGGGCCCUCUACGGCUGUAUCUAUCUGUACGAGCGUCUCUCGUGGACCAAUUCGGCCAAGGAGCGCACCUUCAAGCGGCAGUAUGUGCAUCAUGCCACCAAGAAACUGAAGAUGAUUGUCGAUCUUACGUCGGCCAACUGCAGCCACCAGGUGCAGCAGGAGCUCUCCAGCACUUUCGCCCGCCUGUGCCGCACAGUGGACACCGCGACCACCGACAUGAACGAGGAACUGAAGACAAUCGCGGCCCAGCUGAUGGUGCUCGAGUCCAAUCAGAAGCAACUGAAGCUCCUCCGCAACAAGGCCAACUAUAUUCAGAACGAACUGGACAUCUUUGAGCAUAAUUACAUAGCGCCUCAGUAGUCGGAGCUGGAGCAAUGAUUAGGAAGAGAACUAGGAAGCUUUAAUUAAGGUGUAUAGUUUAAAUGACACGACGAAUGAAUGGAACUGAAGAGAAGAGAAUGAAGCUCAGGCUCAAGCACGAAGAAAGCUACACCGGGGAGGAGGUUAAAGGCGGCAGCGAACACGACUACCACAAAGCUGUAACCUGAUUGAAAUGAAAUGAGAAACCAAACAAGCCAACAACAAGAAAACAAAAACAAAACAAAAAACACCUUAAGGGCAUGACGUCAAUGACAACAACAACAAGCGAAAUAAUACGAAAUCAUUUUUGCUGUGGUAACACAAAUUUUCAAUUUUUUUGAUAGACUUUACAUAUGAUUAUUUCCGUAUUUAUUUCCUAAAUUAGAUUUACAAAUUUGACAAAUUCUUUUCACAAUACGUGCAAUUUUUACCAACUUUUAAUUUGCAUUAAAUAAUUGUUAAACA